AUGUACUUAUGGGAACCGAAUGCAGAUCAAAUAUAUAUUCUCUUUGUUGUGGCUGGUCUUUGGGGUCUUGCUGCGGCUGCUUGGCAAUCACAAGUCAUCGCUGCUUAUACAGUUCUUUAUGCUGAAGAUGAUCCAAGUGCCAUAGCAAAAUAUCGUCUAUGGCAAUCGAUUGGUGCUCUUCUUACUUACAGUUAUGCGAGUUAUGUCACUAUCCAAACGACCCUUAUUAUUCUUUUUGUUUGUCUAACUGUGAGCAUGAUUUUUUAUGGAGGAGUCGAAAUUCAUGUUCGAUGGAAAAAGAAUCAUGGGAAAGCAACUACAGUGACUGAUCAUUGUUGA